UCCAGGCGCUGUCUGGGCUGCGGCUCCGCCAGAGCGCUUCGGACGCCCGACGAAAGCAAGCUCCCCGUCUCCUAAAAUAAAACACCUCGACCAAACGGCGACAUCUCCAAAAAAACCGAGAUCACAGUGUAAGUGAAUGUAGUCGACCGGCGUGGACGGCAGACGCUUAUUAUUCGCGUGUGUGAAAGUGAGAUUUAUACGUCUGAUCCUCAUCCGAAUUGAUCUGUUGGGAAGACGGGGAUGCUGGAAGUCGUUUUGGGAUGUCCCAGCUCGCUUGAUGGAAAUAUGGUACUUUACGAAGUCCGUUGGCGGAGACAAAAGCGGACGACAAAGUUGUAUUUUUAACUAGUUCGCUUUAAUUUGUCAACAUGUGUACCACUCCCAGAACACUAGCUUGGACAGAGAUGGCUGUGGCCGUGUUUGAACUAUUUUUCCGCUUACGCCAAGGCCCGCUAUAUAGAGAUUAAUUCCCCGGAGAGUGUUUAUUUAAAAACUCACUGCCAGUUUUGUGGCCAGUAUUAUUACCAAUAUGUGCUUUGAACAAGACUUUUUCAGUUGCCUGUACAAAAGCACAAAUAUUUUUUGACCAGUGACUGACCGGGGCCUUCCUAUAACUAAACAACUGGGUGGGGGGGGAAACCCAGGUUUUUGCAUUUGAAGACAAGAAAACGGGUUUGGAAACAUGGCAGUGGAGGGCCGGCUAACUGUCCUGGAUAUUGGACUAUUCGCCAUGGUUCUACUCAGCCCUGUUGCUGCUGCACAGCGUGAGGAGAGAGAGUGCGCAUACGCCGAGCAGCAGCAGGCUAUGGCCGAGCGGAUUGGUGGAGGAGGAGAGGGGCGUGUCUUUCUGGAGAACUCCACCAUUCGCUGCAGCCAGGGUGGGUGGUGCUACGGACUAUGGGAAAAAAAACAGCACGGGGUCCGACUGGUCAAACAAGGUUGCUGGACGUAUCUGGGAGACCAGCAGGAGUGCCAUGACAACCGUUGCCAGGUGACGAACCCGCCGUCUCAAAUUCAAAAUGGCACCUAUCGUUUUUGCUGCUGUAGCAGAGACAUGUGCAACCUCAACUUCACAGAGGACUUCCCCCUGCCCAGACCCACCACCUCUCAGCCAGUCCAUACUCGCCCGAUCUACGGGGAGGAGGCUGUCCUGAUCGCCCUGGCAACCGUUUCUGUGGUAGCCGUCUUGGUUGUGCUGGUCUUUUUUAUUUACCGUGUGAUCAGGGGACAUGGCAAGCAGAGUCUUCAUAACUUGAACAUGUUGGAAGCAGCUUUCUCUCCCCCCACACUAGAUCUGGACAACCUGAAACUACUAGAGCUGAUUGGCCGCGGGCGCUACGGGGCAGUGUACCGCGGCUCCCUGGACGAGCGCUCGGUGGCGGUGAAGGUUUUCUCCAGCGCCAACCGCCUGCCCUUCGCCAACGAGCGCGCCAUCUACCGCCUGCUGCCGGAGCACGACAACAUCGCCCGCAUCCUGGAGAGCGAGGAGCGUCUGAGCGCCGACGGCCGCACCGAGUACCUGCUGUUCCUGGACUUCUACCCGCACGGUUCUCUGUGCUCAUAUUUGAGUGUGAGGGUUGUUGACUGGCUGAGCUGCUGUCGUCUGGUUCUCUCUGUCACCAGAGGGCUGGCCUACCUGCACACAGAGCUAGUGAGAGGAGAGGUGUACAAGCCUGCAGUUUCUCACAGGGACCUGAACAGCAGGAACGUGUUGGUGAAGGCUGAUGGUUGCUGUGUGCUGAGUGAUUUUGGCCUCUCCAUGACUCUGACCGGGAACAAGCAGUCAGGCCACGCCGAAGAAGACCACACGGCCAUCAGUGAGGUGGGCACGGUGCGUUACAUGGCUCCGGAGGUGCUGGAGGGUGCAGUGAACCUACGGGACUGUGAAGCAGCACUAAAACAGGUGGAUGUGUAUGCGCUGGGCCUGCUAUACUGGGAGACCUUCAUGCGCUGUGCUGACCUCUUCCCAGGUGAGGCAGUGCCAGUGUUCCAGCUGGCCUUCCAGGCCGAGGUCGGGAACCAUCCCACCAUAGAGGACAUGCAGGCGCUUGUGUCCCGACACAAGGACAGGCCAAAGUUCCCUGAGGCCUGGAAAGAGAACAGUCUGACUGUGCGUUCCCUGAAGGAGACGAUGGAGGACUGUUGGGACCAGGACGCGGAGGCCCGUCUCACGGCCCAGUGUGCGGAGGAGCGGCUCGCUGAGCUCCUCCUCCUCUGGGAGCGUGACAAAUCUGUUAGCCCCGCCCUCAACCACAGCACCGCCCUGCACAAUCACAGGAACUUGUCUCAUGGACGACAGACGCCAAAGACCGACACCUACCCAGAAGUCUCCUCUUCGGCCACCGUCGGGGACGGGGAGGGCGCGCCGAAACCUCCUCACGGUGACACCUCUACCGAGGGAGGGGCUAAUCCUGCAGGGGGCGUGGCCGUAGAGAAGAACAGGAACUAUGAGCGCCAGCAGGCCCAGUCACGGCUCUCUGGGAUGGACAACGGCGGCCCCGCCCCUCUUUCCGAGCCCUGCGCUGCCGGCCAGCUGCCAGCAGGGGGCGGUGGCGCGCCGAUCUGUGCACACCUCACCCAGGAGGACCUGGAGACGCCGAAGCUGGACCCCAGCGAGGUGCGGCGGAACCUGCGCGAGAGCUCGGACGAGAGCCUGAUGGAGUGCUCACAGAAGCAGUUCUGCUCGCCCAAAAGCUCGCAAAGCCUCUUCUACCCGCUCAUCAAGACAGCCUCCGAGCUCAGCGGGUCGUCGCAGGUCGCCGCCCACCCCGGCGACGCCCCGGCCGCCGUCCUGCCCAAGCAGCAGAACGUGCCAAAGCGACCCGGCAGCCUGGGCCUCCGCGCCAAGCCUGCCGGGAAGCCGGCCUCCUCUUCGUCCUCUUCGUCCCUGAGGCUGAAGUUCGGGAAGCUUGGCAAGAGCAACCUUAGGAAGGCUGAGACGGGCGCGGCCAGAGCGAAGACCGCUGCCCCCGAGCCCCACCCGACCACCAUCACCAACAAUGCGGAUGUCACGUGCGGCUUCGGUGCGGGGGCGGAUCGCGCGACACGAGGGGGCGCCGUCGGCUCGGACGACGUGCCCUUCGGUCUCCUCGCCACUAGCCCGGACGAGGAGGAGCCCCUCCUCCACAGGGACGCCCCGCCGGACAACAACGCCAACAAUAACAACAGUAACAACACGGGUGACGGCGAGGGAGGGAACCAGGAGGUGGGUGGGAACAGCGAGGAAGGCCCCGGCCCUGCCGGAGACGACCCCUUGUCCGCCUCGGCGGCGGAGCCCUCUGCAGGGCCGCCUCCCUGCCCCGCCCCAGCCCUGGCAGAGCCCCACCCUCCAGCCCUGCUACCACAGGGAGAGGCCCUACUCAGGCAGAACCGCGCACGCCGACCCGAAAGGCCAAACUCUCUGGACUUGUCCAUCACCACACUGCCCUCGUUGGGAGGCCACUCGGACAGUGAGGCUAAGGAGGCGUCGGGGGACCGCAUCCGGAAGCGAGUGAAGACACCCUAUGCCCUGAAGAAGUGGCGUCCAGCCACCUGGGUCUUCACAGACCCUCUGGACGCCGAAGUGAACAACAACACCUGCCCCGGAAGCCUGGGUCAGAACCGAAGCCAGCCCGAUGCCAGCAGACCCAAAUCAGCCACAGCCAUCUACCUGGGCGGUCAUGGGGCCGUGACCUCCGGCUUGACCUCUGACGCCAGCGACUGCACCUUCUGAGUCGUGAUCCUAUGUUGACAGAAGCACACUUAUCCGAGACCCUCACUGAGACUCGUUUUCAUCGGUCAGAAUUUAGGCCAGCACACACUGGCCUGUCAGGACACCUCUAUCUGGCCAUUACUCCACAGAAACCGAAGCCCUAGUUGGCUGACUGUGGAGGUGGACCACAAAUCCCAGUCAUCUGACUGUGGAGGUGGACUACAAAUCCCAGUCACUUGUAGAACAUGAACAGGCCAGUGCACUGGCCCCUUGGUCUGCUGUUGCUGUUGGCUCUGACUCCUUUGUUCUGAUCUGACUCCUUUGUUCUGUAUUUGUAUGUUGAAAUCUUUAUGGGUUUUUUUUUUGUUGCACUUUUAAAUGUAGAAAUAGCAAAAUCAUAUUUCUCUUUUGACCAUAAUGUAAUUAGAAUCUCUAAAGAAAGGGGGGAAAAAAGUUUAAUCAAAGUAAAACAAACUUCUUAUUAAUAUUUUAGAAAUACAGUAAUCAGUACGAAAGAGCACAUGGUGAUGUGGAAUAUGUAGGGCUGUCUUAACAGUAUGGCAGAGCUGUGUACGGCAGCGUAGCCGGCCUGUCUGAACAUCCAGAGACCAGUGCUCAUACUGCAUGGGCUUCAGGCCAGAGAGGAAACAGGAGGGUCCACAGCUGUUCGGUAUGGUGUGUGUGUGUGUGUGUGUGUGUGUGUGUGUGUGUGUGCGCGUGCGCGUGCGAGUGCGCGUGUGCGUGCCUGCGUGCGUACAGAAAUCAUGGAUGACAAUCUCCACUAUCGUCGAUCUGUUAUUUCCUAGCUGACGUCAGCGGGCAAAAAAUUGGAGCGAUCCAGCCGUCUUCUUAGGCGAGAGGACUGUGGUAAUGCUCCUUUUAAAGAGACAUCCUGUAACUGCAUGCGAGACAAUGGGGAGACGUUGGGGAGACACAGCAAGAUCCAAAGUCAAUACCAAACAUAGCAAUUACAGCUCAGUCUUCUGACCUCUGUAUUACCUGUAUAUUACCUACAUUAUUACCUCUGUACAUCACCCGUGUCCUGUACUAGUACAGAGACACAAGCCAUACUUGCACUGUUUUCAAUUCUCCUGAUCAUGAAGAUUUGAUUAAUAACACAAUAUAGGCCUGGUUAGAUGUUUGGUGGGUGUGUGUGUGUGCGUGUGUGUGUGUGUGUGUGUGUGUUUGAGUGUUUGACAGCGAGAGAGAGAGAGAGAGAGAGAGAGAGAGAGAGAGAGAUCUGUUCUUUUGUCUGUACUAGUGUAGUAGUGCCUGUGCAGAUAUUUUUGUGUUAUGUAUGUAUAUGUGUGUGUGUGUGUGUGUGUGUGUGUGUGUUUCCACAUGGACAUGCACUGUACACAUUUUUGCAGGACAGGCAUGGUGAAACACAACCAGACAGUUCAAAGGUUAGAGGUCAAGCCACACAGAAAGCUUUGAACAGUCUGAGACACAAGACUCUGUUUAUCUUUGCAUGCUGGAGCCGCACUCCACCCUGUUCCCUUAGACACGAUCUACGCGGCUCUCAGCUCAAAUCAUCCCCUAACACUCAAACAGCUCAGUUACGCGAUGCUCAAACUGCCAUGGCUACCAUAAUGAGCCAUGUUCCUGUCUUGGCUGACUGUUGCAUGUAUUCGAAAUAUUUUCAAGAGCACAAGACUAACUUUGAUGUGGAGGCUCCCACUGUUCCUGUGUGUAUAAAAAUGUCUGUGGGUUUUUGUUCCUCGAGCUGCUCUGCAGUUCUGGUGUAAUGUUGUGUGGGUCAGGUGUUCCAGCUGCCUUCGCACCAGGGAAUGGGAAUAUGGUGUGAUGUUGUACUCUUUGAAAUCUGUGAUUUGUAUCAGAUUGCAAAACUGUAAUGGAAUUUGUUGCAUUUUAAUAAAUAAUGCUUUGCAGUUGGAUGGUU